CGCCCCCUCCCCCCGCGGAGGGUGACGGGCGCUUCCCAGCCCGGAGCCGCCGCUUCAGCCGCUGCCGCUUCAACCGCUGCCGCCUCGCCGCGGCUCCGCCGCCGCCCGCCCCGGCACCGCGGUGUCCCCGUCGGCCCCCUCCCGCCGGCCUCCGCGGCUGGCCCCGUCGCGUCUUCCGGGCUCCUCUCUCUCAGCGGACGUGCGGACCCGGCCAUGGCGGACUUUGACGAGAUCUACGAGGAGGAGGAAGACGAGGAGCGGGCGCUGGAGGAGCAGCUCCUCAAGUACUCCCCCGACCCGGUGGUAGUGCGCGGCUCCGGCCAUGUCACCGUGUUUGGACUAAGCAACAAAUUUGAAGCAGAAUUUCCUUCAUCUUUAACUGGAAAGGUAGCACCCGAAGAAUUUAAAGCCAGCAUCAGCAGAGUUAACAGCUGUCUUAAGAAGAACCUUCCAGUUAAUGUACGAUGGCUACUAUGUGGAUGCCUUUGCUGCUGCUGCACUUUAGGUUGUAGUAUGUGGCCAGUUAUCUGCCUCAGUAAAAGAACACGAAGAUCGAUUGAGAAGUUAUUAGAAUGGGAAAACAAUAGGUUAUACCACAAGCUGUGCUUGCAUUGGAGACUAAGCAAAAGGAAAUGUGAAACGAAUAACAUGAUGGAAUAUGUCAUCCUUAUAGAAUUUUUACCAAAGACACCGAUUUUUCGACCAGAUUAGCAUUUGAUUUAUUUAUAGAGACUUAUUCAAGUAUGUUGUCUUUCCAAUGGUGCCUUGCUUGGUGCUCUUCUGGUGGUGACAUAGCAUUGGUUCUACGGAAUCUUGUGGUGUUUUCAUUCUUUUUUGUUUUGUUGGGGUUCUUUUGUUUUGUUUAAAUGUUUAUUUUGUUGGGGUUUUUUUUUUGUUAAAAAAGAGCAUGUUCCAAGUGCAUUUGGUCGAACUCUGCGAAGUCAUUUCACACAAAUGUUAAUUACUACUUAAGUUAUUGUUACUUUUACUACUUCUGUUUAUUAAUGUAUCUUAAUUUUCAAAGAGUCUUUUGUAUGUGUGCGCGUGUGUGUGUACAUAUAUAAUAUUACUAAAUACACAGCUGAAAAUGGUA